GCCCCGACCUUGUACCGGCUGAAGGCCAACAAGUAUGCACAUUGCUACGGUGCUCCGCAACGUGGAGCAGGGCGCAGCUUACAGCACUUGGCGCCCUACCUGGCCGGUGCUGUGCUGGCAGGCUUGGCAGUGUUCUUUGUGGUGAUUCCCGUGAGCUUCAACCGGAGCUAUGAAGCUUCCAAGAAGCGCUACGAGGAUUUCGCGAGGAAGAAUUCCGAGCACGCGGAGAUGCUGGAGCGACAGUUCGACAGGGGCCAGUUCUCGCGGCGGCGCGAGUGA